GGCGCUCCAUCCAAGCUCCACUAUCUUCCUGUUCGCAUUUUACUUGAUUUUACAACAGCUGAAACCCCCCAGAUUAAAAAAUGUUAUCCAUUGAAGAAAGUUCCAACAAAAAAGUAGCAUGCGCUGGCUCUGUUCUUAGCGAGUGAGUCCGUGUGUAAUCAAAUAAAUUGAUCACACAAGUGUUAUAAAUUGAAACCUCUGUCUUCCUUGUAUGCAUGCUUAACUUCUUGGGGUGUCCUCUAUAACUGUAUAGUAUUGUUGUUCAUACCCUGUAGCAAUGGAUUCCCAUUCCCAUUACACUACAAUUCGACUAACAAUGUUCGGCAUAGUGUUGAUGUCAGUUAUGGUUAGCUUAGCAAUGGCAGGUAAGGACAAAGAUAGUGAAGAAUGUGCAGAGCAGCUGGUAGGACUGGCUACAUGUCUGCCUUAUGUUGGAGGAGAUGCCAAAGCUCCUACCCCAGAUUGCUGCAAUGGUCUAAAGCAGGUCCUGAAGGACAACAAAAAGUGCUUGUGUGUCAUUAUUAAAGACAGGAAUGAUCCUGAAUUGGGUCUCAAGAUCAACGCCACUCUUGCUUUGAGCCUCCCUUCUGUUUGCCAUGCCCCUGCCAACGUUUCCCAGUGUCCCGCUCUUCUCAACCUGCCUCCAAACUCACCAGAUGCUCAGAUUUUCUAUCAAUUAGCAAACAGCUCUAAUCAUAUUGCCAGCAGCCCCGCUCUCAGCCCCAGCCCUGGAGGUGCCCAACCCCAGGGAAGAAGUGCUCAACAAGAGAGUAAUGGAUGCCACAGUGGGAAGAUAAACUUUGGCUUGCAGAUUGCUUCUUUAGGGGUUUUAGGGUGGUGUUUCAAUAUCUAUUCACACUUGUUCAUGUAGGCAUCCCAUCCUAUCUAUCUAUGCUAUAUAUAUAUAUAUAUAUAUAUAUAUAUAGCUUGAAUUCAAUCUUUUGAGAAAAAAGCGAAAUAAGGACUGGCUUUUGUAUAAAGUAUUGUUGAAUUCCCAGCACUAGUGUUGAAUUUCGAUGUCUCAGCCUGCAAUUUUAAUGAUUUUGGACUUGGUGAAACCGAGAAAAUACAGAGGACGUGCUGUUCA